AUGCAUAUGCUCCGGCUGAAACUGCUACUCUUCCUCAUAUGGGCUUCUUCUCCACCUUUUUCCAGCUCCAUGACCCAGCUAGACACUCUCUUGGCUAUCAGAGACUCCCUAGACCCAGAGAACCGCGUGUUGCUUUCAUGGACCCCCCAUUCGGACCCGUGUAGUGAUGCCUCUUUUGAGGGUGUGGCUUGCAAUGAGCAAGGCCUCGUUACCAAUAUUUCACUGCAAGGAAAGGGUCUUUAUGGAAGGUUACCUGAUGCUUUAGCUGGUCUCAAGAACUUGACGGGUCUCUACCUUCACUUCAAUGCCCUCAACGGGAUACUUCCAAACGAAAUUGCCACUUUGACUGAGCUAAGUGAUUUGUAUCUCAAUGUCAAUAACCUCUCUGGUGAUAUCCCUCGCGAGAUUGGCAAUAUGUCAAACCUUCAAGUUUUGCAGCUUUGUUAUAACAAAUUUAGUGGGAGUAUACCUACUGAACUGGGAAGAUUGAGUAAGCUCAGUGUUGUUGCACUGCAAUAUAAUCAAUUAAAUAGCGCUAUUCCUGCGAGUUUGGGUGAAGUGGGGACAUUGGCACGAUUGGAUCUGAGCUUCAACAGCCUUUUUGGUCCAAUUCCGGUGACAUUGGCUAAUUCACCUAAACUGGAGACUCUGGAUAUUCGAAACAAUUCUCUCUCUGGCCGUGUCCCUCCAGCUCUAAAGCGACUCAAAGAUGGGUUUCAGUACAUGAACAAUCCUGAUUUAUGUGGGACUGGAUUUGCUCAUUUAGAUUCUUGCAAAGUAGUAAGCAGUUCAGACCCUGUUAGACCCGAACCAUAUGAACCUGCUGAUAUUUCCACCAAAGAUCUUCCUGCAUCAAUUGAACCAAAACCUGAAAGCUGUCGCAGUGUUCAUUGUAAAAGGACAUCGAAAUCUUCAAAAAUUGGUUUGGUUUUUUCCGUCAUUGGAGUCAUUGUUGCUUCAACUGUUGCUGGACUGUUUUUGAUCUUAUGGCGCCGUCGUCAGAAUCAGAAAAUUGGAAGUUCUGAUAGCCGACAUAGUACGCAGGUGUGCCACAAAAGUGCUUCUCCUCUUGUAAGUUUGGAGUAUUCUGACGGUUGGGACCCAUUGGCCAAAGGUCGAAGUGGGUAUUCCCAGGAAGUUCUGGAGAGCUUUAUGUUUAAUCUUGAAGAAGUAGAACGCGCAACUCAAAGCUUCUCAGAGGUAAAUUUAUUGGGAAAGAAUGGUUUUUCAGCUGUGUACCGGGGGGUUUUGAUGGAUGGUUCUGUUGUGGCUAUAAAGUGCAUUGCCAAGACAAGUUGCAAAUCUGAUGAAGAUGAGUUUUUGAAAGGUUUGAAGAUAUUGACCUCGUUGAGGCAUGAAAAUGUAGUUCGGUUGAGAGGGUUUUGCUGUUCAAAAGGCCGCGGGGAAUGUUUUCUGAUCUAUGACUCUCUCUCAAAUGGGAGUUUGUUGCAGUAUCUUGAUGUUCAGAAAAACAGUGGUAGGGUACUUGAUUGGUCCACCAGAGUGUUCAUCAUUCGUGGUAUUGCCAAAGGUAUCUGUUAUCUACAUAGGAAGAAAGGAAGCAAAGAUGGUAUAGUUCACCAGAGUAUAUCAGCUGAAAAUAUACUUCUGGAUGCUCGGUAUAACGCAUUACUGGCAGAUUCAGGAUUGCACAAGCUCCUUGAAGAUGAUGUUGUUUUUUCUGCCCUCAAAGCUAGUGCAGCCAUGGGAUAUCUGCCUCCAGAGUACACGAAAACUGGUCGUUUGACCGAAAAGAGUGAUGUGUAUGCCUUUGGAGUGAUUGUAUUCCAGCUUCUCACUGGAAAACGUGGUAUGACUCAGUUAAAUUGCCAAUGGGUAGAAAGUGCUAGUUUGAAAGAUAUAGUUGAUGAAAAUCUUGAAGGGAUGUUCUCAGAAUCAGAGGCCACCAAGCUGAGAAGAGUUGCUUUGCUUUGCACCCUGGAAUCCCCACAUCUUCGACCAUCUAUGGACAACCUUGUGCUAGAACUGGGUGAUAAACAGUAG